GUGUGAUGAUGCAUGGAUUCGUUGUUCUGGUAUCAUAUGGCCUCACUGACACCUUCAUUAUUAUAACAAAUAAUUCCAAUCAUGGACAUGGUCUACCCUACCUUCAACCGGAGCCAGGGGGAAUCCGUCCGCCAUUUGACUUGGACGGUACUGUACUAUGUCUAUGGAGGAGCAGAAAGCCGGAGGAGUGGUGGCGGUGAAUCCGCAACCUGCAAAUGGAUGGGCGGCGGCGGCCGUGGACUGGCUCGAAUGGGCGAUUGUCAAGCUCAUGUACGACGCAAAGAAGCAGCAACCGCUGCACUAUCUCUCCGGCAACUUCGCCCCCGUCGAGGAGACUCCUCCGCUCGCCGAUCUUCCUAUUAAAGGAUAUCUCCCGGAGUGCAUGAAUGGGGAGUUCGUGAGAGUUGGCCCAAACCCGAAGUUUGCUCCUGUUGCUGGAUAUCACUGGUUUGAUGGACAUGGAAUGGUUCAUGGUGUACGCAUAAAAGAUGGGAAAGCAUUAUAUGUUUCCCGAUUUGUGAAGACAGCGCGUCUUAAACAAGAAGAAUUUCACCAUGGUUCAAAGUUUAAGAAGAUUGGUGACCUCAAGGGGAUAUUUGGACUUCUCAUGGUUUACAUACAAAUACUUAGAACAAAGCUUAAAGUACUAGAUUCCUCUUAUGGUGAUGGUCUAGCUAACACAGCUCUAGCGUAUCACAAUGGGAAGCUCUUGGCACUCAACGAGGCAGAUAAACCUUAUGCCAUUAAGGUGAUGGAAGAUGGAGAUUUGCAGACCAUUGGUAUGCUGGAUUACGACAAAAGAUUGUUGCAUUCAUUUACUGCUCAUCCUAAAGUCGAUCCUCUUACUGGGGAAAUGUUUGCCUUUGGCUAUUCAAUGGAACCCCCAUAUGUCACAUACAGAGUUAUCUCGAAGGAUGGCACUAUGCAUGAACCGGUGUCAAUAACAAUACCGGAGCCGGUCAUGAUGCACGAUUUUGCCAUUACAGAAAAUUAUGCAAUUUUUAUGGAUCUGCCAUUGUACUUCAAACCAAAGGAAAUGGUGAAGGAUAACAAAUUUAUCUUUAGUUUUGAUCAAACAAAGAAUGCACGAUUUGGGAUCCUCCCUCGAUAUGCAAAAAACGAGCUUCUAAUAAAGUGGUUUGAGCUUCCCAACUGCUUCAUAUUUCACAACGCAAAUGCUUGGGAGGAAGGAGACGAAGUUGUUUUGAUCACUUGUCGAUUCGAGGAUAUAGAUCUCGAAAUGGUCAAUGGUGCUGUAAAAGAAUCCAGCGAGAAUUACAUUAUUGAAUUGUAUGAGAUGAGGUUCAACAUGAAAAAUAGCCAGUCUUCACAGAAAAAAUUAUCCGUGUCGUCAAUCGAUCUUCCUAGGAUUAAUGAGAACUAUAUUGGCAGGAAACAAAGCUUUGUCUACGGAGCAAUACUGGAAAACUUUGAUAGGAUAACUGGAAUUAUCAAAUUUGACUUACGCGAGGAACCGGAUCCUGGAAGAGUUAAACUUGAAGUUGGAGGCAAUGUCAAAGGGAUCUUUCAUCUUGGGCCAGGAAUAUUUGGAUCUGAGGCCGUCUUUGUCCCUCGUCAGCCUGGUACUUCAACAGAGGAAGAUGAUGGCUACUUGAUUUUCUUCGUACACGAUGAGAAUACAGGAAAGUCAGCAGUGAACAUAAUCGACGCAAAAACAAUGUCAGCAGAUCCUGUUGCUAUAAUCGAAUUACCUAAGAGAGUUCCAUAUGGUUUCCAUGCCCUGUUUGUUACUGAGGUUAGUACUCUGCUUUUGUUGAUCUUAUUGAUCCCUAUCCUAUGUUCAGCUAAAUCCAUGACAGAAAGUAAAUGUCGAGAUUGUAGAAGGAUUAUCAGUGGACAUUUAAGCAUACGGAGUUUCUUACCAUUGAAAAUUAAUCCUUAA